AUGUCGCGGCACACUUCGUCGACGCUCUCUUUGGUUCUCGCGAUCACAUCCUUGGCGCUAUCCUUCUUCGCCUCCACAGCAUCAGCCCAAGACCUGACUUUCACCCAGAAUGUCACCUCGUUGAUGGGCACCUGGUCCUCCGGCUCGCAAAACGUCACUACGGGCCUCGAAUUUUUCAACCCGAUCACACAGGAGUUCAAGCUCCCCGCCACCGCGGGCAUCUCGUACUCGUUCACCGACGACGGCUUUUUCGAAGAAUCGCGCUACCAGUUUACCUCGAACGCCGUCACCAAUCGUUGCUUUAAGGCGUCGCUCAUCUGGCAGCAUGGCACCUAUGCCUUCCACCCAAACGGAUCCAUCACGUUGACGCCCUUCCCUGCCGAUGGGUAUAUCCAGGUGCUCGACCCGUGCGGUGCGCAGACCAGCUCCAUCUAUCACUACUCCGAGUUCGAGCUGAUCAGCUCGUGGUACAUCUUCCAAGACAACCACCCUGGGUUCAUGGCGAGUGGCACUUCUGCGUACGCCGCACAGCUUAUGCAGUUCGACGGACAGAAGAUGCCACUGUUAUCGCUUCGCAACCGUCCACCCAACAUGCUGCCGACAAGACAGCUCUUCCAGCAGGUGCUCAACGAUGCCCAUGCGUAG